UCGCAUGUGGUGGCAUAGGCAUGUCAUAGACUAGUUGACGGAUGUCGCCCUCCAAUUCAAUCUCACACAAAGAAAGGAUUUCAAUAUUUGAAGUUUGAAAUUGCAAGAAUUAUGGGAAUGGUGAAGAAUGGAGGAUUGUCUCUCUUUCAUGGAUCAUUUGCAGCUCCUCCACCUAACCCGUCAAGAAGGAAACUUUACCUGUUUGCACAAGCUACUACUCCUUCAAGAACCCAAAGGAUAAUGGAGAGUAUACCAGUAAGUGGGGAGGUUGGCGGGGCUGGUGGUGCGUACUCAUAUAAUGCUCUGAAAAGAUUGGAUAGCCUGUGGUCUAGCAUUUGCAAUUCUUCACCAGUUGUCCAAGAACCGCCGCAAGUGGUUUCUGAAGUUCCCGGUUUAUUUCAAGAAUCUGAACGGAUGGAGAGAUGCAGCGAUAUGUUUGAUGUCAUAGUGUGUGGCGGCACUUUGGGAAUUUUCAUUGCUACUGCAUUGAGUUCUAAAGGUCUUCGAGUUGGGAUAGUGGAAAAGAGUAUAUUGAGAGGGAGGGAACAAGAAUGGAAUAUAUCUAGAAAAGAGCUUUUGGAGCUCGUUGAAGUUGGUGUUCUGACAAAAGGUGACAUUGAUCAUGUUACGGCUGCCAGCUUCAAUCCUAAUAGAUGUGGAUUUGAAGGGAAGGGUGAGAUUUGGGUUAACGACAUUCUUAAUCUUGGAGUUUCGCCGGGCAAGCUUAUAGAAACCAUGAGAAUGCGUUUCACUUUCCUUGGUGGUAUUAUCUUUGAAGGUUGCAGUGUAUCUCACAUAUCAGUAUAUGAGGAUUCAGCUGUCCUAGAACUAGCAGAUGGAAAGAUUUUAUCAUCACGUCUGAUUAUUGAUGCAAUGGGAAACUUUUCUCCAAUUGUAAAACAAAUUAGACGUGGAAGAAAACCAGAUGGCAUUUGCCUUGUUGUUGGAUCUUGUUGUCGUGGUUUUACAGAGAAUUCUACAAGUGAUGUGAUAUAUAGUAGUGCUUCAGUGAAGAGGGUUGGUCAGUCAGAAGCACAAUAUUUCUGGGAGGCAUUCCCUGCUGGCUCGGGUCCCCUUGACCGAACUACAUAUAUGUUCACCUACCUUUACUUUACCCGGGGGUGUCCCCUAUUGGAAGAGUUACUGGAAGACUACUGGGACUUAAUGCCAAAGUAUCAGGGAGUGUCCCUCGAUGAUCUGGAUGUUUUGAGAGUUAUAUAUGGCAUUUUUCCAACAUAUCGUGACAGUCCAUUGCCAGCAGCAUUUGAUCGAGUUCUACAGUUUGGGGAUGCUAGUGGUAUACAAUCACCGGUUUCUUUUGGUGGGUUUGGGAGCUUGACAAGGCACCUUGGGCGAUUAUCAGUUGGCAUACAUGAAGCAAUCAAUAGCAAUUUUUUGGAUGCCCAGAGCUUAUCACUGUUAAAUCCAUAUAUGCCUAACUUAAGUGCGUCUUGGCUGUUUCAAAGAGCCAUGUCAGCCAAAAGGCAGUUCGAUGUUUUGCCUACUUUCAUAAAUGAGCUUCUAUAUGCCAAUUUUGAAAGCAUGCAGAAACUAGGAGAUCCAGUGCUCAGACCUUUUCUUCAGGACGUCAUACAGUUUUGUCCUCUUGUGAAGACGUUAGGCCUCGUGAUGCUGACUCGACCUCUAAUUAUACCAUCAAUAUUUAAGCAGUUUAUGGAUGGUUAAAGCAUAUGAAAAAUUGGGAAUUUUCUUGGGUUAUGCUUUAUUUUUGCUGUUUCAUGAUUGAACAUAAAAAAAAGAAAGGAAAAUUGCAGCAAAAUCUGCUGCUGCUAGCACACGGCCAGGCGCACGCGCAGGUAGGGGAGCCUGCGCGCCUGUGUGUGGACAGUAGGCUACGCGCAUGCCUGCAGGCAGACAACGAUAGUAGUGGGUGCUGCACGGUAAACGAUCGACCACUGGGCCAUUUUUCGCCAUUUUCGAAAAUU